AUGCGUGAGCUUAUCACAUUCGCCGUUGGUCAGGCUGGUAACCAGAUCUCAUCGGCCUUCUGGCAGAGCAUCCUCAACGAACACGGUCUUGACGGCGAUGGUCGAUACAUCGGUGACAAUGAAGCCGAGCAACUCUCCAAAGUAGGCGUCUUCUUCGAGCCCUCCGGUCAGGAGGGCAAGUUCGUUCCUCGAUCCAUCCAGGUCGACUUGGAGCCAGGCACCAUGGACACGAUCCGCUCCGGCCCACUCGGCAAGCUCUUCCGCCCAGACAACUACAUCAACGGCGAGAGCGGUGCGGGCAACAACUUUUCGAAAGGAUACUACACCGAGGGUGCCGAGCUGCUCGACCAGGUGCUCGACGUAGCGCGCAAAGAGGCCGAGAAAACCGACAUGCUCCAAGGCUUCCAGCUCGUCCACUCGCUCGGUGGUGGCACGGGAUCUGGUUUGGGUACCAACUUGCUGACCAAACUGCGCGAGGAGUUCCCAGACAGAAUGCUGGCGACAUGGUCAGUGCUGCCGUCGCCCAAGGUGUCGGAUACGGUGGUGGAGCCGUACAAUGCGACGCUGUCGUUCCACCAGCUUGUUGAGAACUCGGACAUGACUUUCUGUCUCGACAACGAGGCGCUGUACGACAUUUGCCAGCGCACGCUGCGCACCAAGGAUCCGACGUAUGCCGACCUCAACUCGAUCAUCUCGUACGCCAUGUCCGGCUGCUCGACCACGCUGCGUUUCCCCGGACAGCUCAAUUCGGAUCUGCGUAAGAUGGGUGUCAACCUGGUACCGUUCCCGCGCCUGCACUUUUUCACCACUGGGUUUGCGCCGCUGGUCUCGCCCGGUAGCAAGGCGUACCAGUCGAUCAAGACGUCGGAGCUGAUUGCGCAGGGGUACGAUCCGAAGAACAUCAUGGCGGCGAUCGACCCACGUCAUGGCAAGUACCUCACGGUGGCGGCGAUCUUCCGUGGUAAAGUCAACGCGCGCGAUGUCGAGAACGAGAUGUACAACCUGCGCGAAAAGAACCCGUCGGGCUUUGUUGAGUGGAUCCCGAACAACGUGUUGACGAGCUUGUGCGACAUUGCGCCGCCGCAGCUCAAGAUGUCGGCGACGUUUAUUGCCAACACAACGUCGAUCCAGGAGCUGUUCAAGCGCACGCACGACCAGUUCAGCCUCAUGUUCCGUCGCAAGGCUUUCUUGCACUGGUACACGGGUGAGGGCAUGGACGAGAUGGAGUUCACCGAGGCCGAGUCCAACCUGAUGGACCUCAUUGCCGAGUACCAGCAGUACGAAAGUGCCGGGGUCGACGAGGAGGAGGAGCUCUACGAGGCCGAGUACAACGACGACGACGUCGGCGCCGAGCAGCCCUACGAGGGCGACGACUCCGUCCAGUACGCCGACGAACAAUGA